UCUGUAUCGGGUGUAGUUCAUCUGCAGAAGGUUUUCGCCUUACGCUCUGCGGUUCUGUAGGUGCUAGACGACCCCUCGCUGCGGUUGAAGACAGGCCCACAGAGGGCAGCUACUUUGUUAAAAGAAAACUGUUAGAAUGCAGUCCUGGGGCCCGGUCUUGUUCGUUGCAACUUUCAGUGUCUUCCGGUUGACCGAAGGGCGGGAAGGAAGAGUAAUAUUCAUGAACACUGACCAGAGCGUUGACAUCGCGCUUCAAGUUAUUGUGCCGUUCGGCGUCGCCUUGCCGAUGGUGAAGAAGGAAGGUCGUGAGGGACGUCGCGAGAGAACAGAAGACAAGAUUCCUGAUCAUGAACAUCCGGUAUAUGGCAUCCGGCUAGCCAGGCUCGACUUCUACUUCAAUCAAUUGGAGAUCGAUAGCGAAAUCUGUCGUCGAAAAUUUCUGUGCGAGUUGGCUGAAAAUCCUGAAGAUUUUUCUCCGUUAUCCGAUAUAUUCUUUAAACAACUUGACAGACUAUGGUUCCCGGAAGAUGAAGGCGGUCGCUACUCACAGUACGUCAUAGCGGCGCAACACGGAGUCAUGUCAGCAGAGAAUGAUACUCAGACCGGAAGCUGUGAACACCACUUCUCUUCCUGUCGUUCCGAAGCAAGAAAGAUAUUUGACAUGGACGCUAUCAAUUUCUGGAAAUUUCUGGGUUCAGCCUUUAACUUCAGAAUCAGCGAGUGAACAAAGAUUCUUCAAGUUCAGAACAUUUGCAAUAAAAUGUUUUAGUAAAACGUG